UGAAUCUCAAACCAGGAACACAUGAACGAUGGUUCACGUUGGGCAAUUUUAUCAGGGCUCAGGGCUGCUUCAGCCGGUGUCUAAUAUUACCGGGUUACCGCUUGACCAGGUAAACUACCUCACCUGCAAUAUAAUAGCAUUUUUCUGUGCAAUACAAUUGAGAAAGAGACUUCCUGGAUCACUGGAGAACAGCACUCAGAGACACAUUGUAGAACUAUGCCUUGGCCUUGCCCUGUCAUUUUUCUGUUUUGGGUACCAGAUCAUUCACAUGAUCCUUUACUCCGCCAUACCAUAUUUGCUGAUGUUGUAUGGACCCAGGGCUUCAUUUCAUAAGAUGGUGUUUGCUGUGGCAAUGGGCUACACUUCUGUUAUGCAUUUAUACAGAUUAUACUAUGACUUUUUUGGCUUUUCGCUUGAUGUGACAGGACCCUUGAUGUUGAUGACACAGAAAUGUACCAGUGUGGCAUUUGCUCUACAUGAUGGAACAGAGAAAGAGGAAGAGAAAUUGUCUGAGGACCAGAAAAAGAUGUGCAUUAAAAAAACUCCAGAUGCCCUGUCCUAUUUUAGCUACAUCUUCUGUUUCCAUGGUCUCAUGGCUGGACCUCUCUGCUUUUAUGCUGAUUACAUCCAUUUUAUAAACGGUGAAAAUUACAAAGUUGCAGAAUCAAAAGCAGUCAAUAAUCAUGAGACAGAAAGACCUACACCUAAUCCUGAGUCGGCAAUGAAGGAGACUGGUCUGAUUGUGGCAGUUUGUGGAAUCCUGAUGUUACUGAGCCCUAUCUUCUUCCCCGUGUCAAGGAUGACAGAGGACGAGUUCCUGUACGACACAAAUAUCUUAUACCGUAAUCUGUACUUACUCAUCUGUGUGUCACUGGUCCGAGCAAAAUACUACUUCGCCUGGAAACUAGGAGAGCUGACAAACCAAAGUGCAGGACUUGGAUUCAAUGGUUAUGAUGAAAAUGGCAAGGAAAAGUGGGACUUACUGAACAAUCUCCAUAUAUGGAAAUUAGAGACGGCCACAAGCCUGAAAGUUAACAUUGAUACGUGGAAUAUCCAGACACUGAUUUGGUUACGCCGGGUUGUGUAUGACCGUACGCCAAAGGCGUAUAACACUGUGUGUGUUUUUGUUGUGAGCGCAUGGUGGCAUGGAUUCUAUCCUGGCUAUUACCUCACAUUCGUCACCACAGCUUUCGUCAUUCUUGCGACUAGACAGGUGCGGAGAAACAUUCGCCCGUAUUUCCAAAAAACGGAACAGAUGAAGUUUUUCUAUGACUGUAUAACAUUUGCUGCUACAAGGAUGGCCAACGUUUACCUGGCCUCAUCGUUUUGUCUUCUGUCCCUAUCAGCCAGCCUUAGACUGUUGAUAUCGGUUGGAUUUUACAUUCACAUCUUUACAGCUGUGACACUUGUCUACUUCACUUUCAUCAGCCCACCAAAGAAACGAGAAGAUAUCAAGAAAAGCGAAUGAAGAACAGAAAUGUGGACUCAUUGGUAUCUUGUAGUAGGUUAUUGAGACAGAUUUUGAUUUUUGGCCACUGAGUUUUGACCAGUGAUAUGAGCUGCUGACUUUAGACCAGUGAGUUUGGCCACUGGGAUUGACCAGUGAUUUUGUCCACCAGGUUUUGACCAAUGAUAUUUUUUGCCACUGGGAUUGACCAAUGAUUUUGGCCACUGGGA